AAAGAAGUGAGAAAAGGAAAAUGUAUUUUUAGCUGAUUAGGAGGAAAGAAGAGAGUACACGUGUCUGCCAUUCGCAAUUUCUUCCUGCAUUGUAUCUACUUCGAGCAAGAAUAUAACUUUAAAGAGAAAUCUUCAGAGCCAACAAUCCCUGUGUGAAUGCUUAACACUAAAGCCCAGGACCUGAGAAUCUUUGGCCUUUAAGCAACCUUUGCUCCAAGCAAUUCUGCAAUUCUAUUGUCUUUUUAUUAAUGGAUUUUAUGCAUAAAGCCCGCAUUGUGUUUCUCCCUCUUCUCCUUGAUAUUCUGCAUGAAUUGUUAAACUCUUUGAGAACUUGACCAUGACACAAAGAAAAGCAAUCACGCAUGCUGACCUUGCACCAGGUCCUCGAUGCACAGAUUUGGGUAGCAAAACAGCCGCCUUCCUAACGGUCCUUACCAUUCUCUGCGGUCUCUUUUGCUUCAUUCUUUGUCUCAUAGCCGAAGCCACUCGUUCCCAGGUAACAUGGGUUGCUGAGGACGUUAAAGGAAAUGGUGAGAACUAUGAAUGUGUAUACAGUGGCAGCGGAAAGACACCAUUGUUAUGUACUGCGGUUGCAUUUGUGGGACUGGCAGUUGCUAUGGUGGUGGAACACGCGUACAUGUUGAUUGCAAUAAGUAAAGCACCUCCUCCAGUUUUGCUUACCUGGGACCCCGGUUAUGGUCCUGCAAAGACUAUAACUUGGCAAGCAGGCUUUUUCUUUGUUGCAACUUGGGUUUGCUUUGCUGUUGGGGAAAUCUUGCUGUUAAUCGGACUGAGUGUGGAAUCAGGGCAUCUGAAGAAUUGGUCCAGACCAAGACCAAGUUGCCUCAUCAUCAAGCAAGGCCUUUUCUCUGCGGCUGGAGUCUUCUCAUUACUAACAGUGUUUCUUGCUUCUGGGUUAUACUUGACAGCAUUGCGUGCGCAGAGAAUAUCCCAAGAACACGAAAGCCUGCAGCGACAGAUACUUGAAGCCUCCGUUCUCUAUGCGUCCCCGCCACGAUCACCUUCGCAUCAAAUUUCUGCAACUGCAAGAGAGAAUCCUAUUGCUAGAGAGAGUCAUCGGACAGUGCAAACGACAUUAAUAGACCCACAAGCUUUUAGCAAGAGCUUGAUUCUAGUGUAAAACAAGUAAAUUAAAAAUACAUCUCGGUGCCACUCAUGGCAAAGCUACAGGUGAUAUGGUGGAAAUUGUAAUUCAUUUAUUUUUGUAAAUAGAUUUUUUUUCCCUUUU